GGAAUUUCCCUAAGUCUAUGCUGAGAUAAGUAGCAUAUUUGACCUUCACCAUGAUUAUCAAGCACUUCUUUGAAAUUGUGUUGGUGCUGCUGGCCUCUACCACUGUCUUCUCUCUAGAUUUGAAACUGAUUCUCUUCCAGCAAAAAAGAGUGAAUCAAGAAAGUUUAAAACUCUUGAAUAAGUUGCAAACCUCAUCAAUUCACCUGUGUCUACCACACAGGAAAAACUUUCUGCUUCCUCAGAAGUCUUUGAGUCCUCAGCAGUACCAAAAAGGACAUACUCUGGCCAUUCUCCAUGAGAUGCUUCAGCAGAUCUUCAGCCUCUUCAGGGCAAAUAUUUCUCUGGAUGGUUGGGAGGAAAAUCACAUGGAGAAAUUCCUAAUUCAACUUCAUCAACAGCUAGAAUACCUAGAAGCACUCAUGGGACUGGAAGCAGAGAAGCUAAGUGGUACUUUGGGUAGUGAUAACCUUAGAUUACAAGUUAAAAUGUACUUCCGAAGGAUCCAUGAUUACCUGGAAAACCAGGACUACAGCAGCUGUGCCUGGGCCAUUGUCCAAGUAGAAAUCAACCGAUGUCUUUUCUUUGUGUUCAGUCUCACAGAAAAGCUGAGCAAACAAGGAACAGACCCUUGAACGACAUGAAACAAGAGCUUACUACAGAGAUGUAGAAGCCCAAGGAUUUCUGGUCCUCAUACCAUGUGGUUGAGUGAAAUCAAAACUUCAACCAUAGCAAUGCUGAUUGGACAAAGAAUGUGUUGUGGACACAAAAUCAAACCUCUGGGGGACAGAGGAUUCAUUCCAAGGGUCUGCUUGUAUUCAACAACUGGUCUAUGUGGGAGUGUGAAGGCCCCUUACUCCACCUGCGAAGAGUCAUCCCAGCUUUAGACCACAUUCCCCAGCCUCCUGUUAUUGGCUAAGGCCAUUUUGUGACCACACUGCAGCUUAGCUUUCCCUCUUGCCUAACCGUCCUGCCUUUUCUUCUCACAAAUGUUGAUUACAUAGCUUUCUCCAAUAAACAAACUCGUUGCAUGAGAAUCAUCAUCUCAGAAUUUGUUGUCUGACCUUCAAUUUAGGGCCACAGAAAACCUAAGCUCAUAAGUUGUUUCUUUUGCUAGCUACACAUUCUUUCCCUUAUAUGUGUUAAUAGCAUUCCUGUUAUUCAUGAUUCACUUAAAAUUUUUCCCUUCAUGGAAAGCCUUUAUAGUCUGAACCUAUUUGCUCCUUGCUCACAACACAAAUCUUACCAUGUCACCCACCUCAUUGUACUGUAAUGGAUUACUUCUCCUUCUUCCAACUAGACUAUUAUCUACUUUAUAGUAAGGACAUGGCUUCUUAACUCUUUAGCACAUUAUUCAACAUUUAACAGAGACACUCUAAAUAUUGAAUGAAUGCAGACUUUU